GAACUGGUGUGGAACAUUCCUCUCGAGUCCUCUCGAGUAUUUCAUGUACGUGUUCAAUAUCCAUGGCCGUACACAUAGUUUAUCCGAGGUGACAUGUAUUACAAUCGGAUCUGGUAUGCCGCUACGUGCCCGGUAUGACACGAUGUUUUGGGAGUGACAGUGAGUUGUGUGUCCUCGCGAUUAAGAUAAGUAAAGAUGCGUGUUUUUCGCCGGAGGAGCCUGAUGCACUUUAUUUGUGGGAUGAUAGCUGGAGUCAGUUUAGGCAUUGUAGGGGUAUGUUUGGUGGAAAUGGAAGACACAGCUGAUCUGGCUCCUGGUUCGAUGCCAGUUGACACCAUUACACACCGAGAUAACACCCUGAGGAACGAACAUCUUAGCCGGAAUCUGUUGAACAGAGGGCCUGAAUUUGCUGAAGCCAAUGAUACGGUCUCACGUCAGCUCGAGGGGAAGAUCCGGGUCCUAUGCUGGUUAUAUCUUCGGCGCACGCAGGAAUUAGAGAAGAGGCUGAACAUCACUAAGAACAGUUGGGCAAACAAAUGUACCAAGCUCAUUGUCUUCAUAAACAACCACAACGACUCUCUUCCCGCUAUAGGACUCGACAUGGCGGCAAAGUUGGUGCCGCCCAGCGACUCGCCAUUGAUAACAGCUUAUCGCUAUGUGUAUAAACACCACUACAAUGACGCUGAUUGGUUCUUUUCAGCCGAGCAGCUCCCUUUCGUCAUCAUGGAAAACUUACGUCACUUCCUGUCAGAAAAAGACCCGGAUGAGCCAAUAUAUUACGGCCAUCGAAUGAAGUCGGUUACAGAUGUUCCUGGACUGGUUUAUGCAGACAGGUGCGCUGGAGUGAUCCUGAGCCGAAAAGGGCUUCACCUUUUUGGGCACAAAAGGGUCCUCCCCACCCGUUUGUAACAAGUUUGAGUUCCAGUCUGGUUUGCAGUUUGCGAAAUGUAUGUUGGAAAUUGGUGUUCGGUAUGGCGAAACUCGAGACUCGGGGGGCAAGAGUAGGAUGUUGUUGCUGGAUAUUGGUGCGAUGAUGUCGGACUACCGAGCCACUCCCACUACAACUGUAGAUGAGGAGGAAACUGAUGUAAAGCCAUCACAGAGCAUCAGCAGCAGCCUCAUCAGUUUCGGCAGGAGCUAUUAUCUCAAAAAUAGUGGACAUCACUUUUUCAUCUACGAUCUCAUCAAAAUCGGCGCUCGGUAGUUUCCGGUAUUCUUCGAUCAGUCUGAAGAGCGUAAGCUCCAUGUAUGAAGGAUAAACAAGGCUGGUCCUGUAACUGAAUGUUUUAUGGGUGUGUCUGCGUUUAAGCAAACAUUGUGAUUGUGCCAUUGAUAUAUAUUAUGUGAUUUUCGUACCUUACGAAUCUAUAAAUAAAUACGGAAGAACAAUACAUGA